AUGUCGUUGCUGGCACGCCUUCUUACUGGGCGAGCAUCCAAUAAUAUAAUUAGAAAGUCGUCAGUUCUCACUGGUCCGGCAUUCAGUAGCAACAUGAAGGGAACGUUCGCUUCUCUCAAAAUUUUGCGAUUAACGAAUGCUAUAAAAAGGCGUAUAGUACUUGGAGUGUCACUAUCACAUCACUUAACGUCAGCACAACGUCGAACAAUCGGAGCAUGGUUGUUGGGAUGUGCCGGAAUGGUUUAUGGAGCAGUUGCUUUGGGUGGUAUAUCUGCUUUCAGACUGACAGAAUCAGGGCUUAGUAUGGUCAAUUGGGAUUUGUUUCGUACGAUGAAACCUCCAUGGAGUGAGGAUGAGUGGGAAGCUGAAUUUGAACAUUACAGGCAGUUUCCAGAGUAUAAAUUCAAAAGUAGUAACGAAGAGAUGACAUUGGCACAAUUCAAAUUUAUUUGGGCAGUGGAAUAUAUUCAUCGAAUGUGGGGACGGACACUGGGUGUCGUUUUCCUAGUUCCUUGUGCAUUUUUCUGGACAAAAGGUCUUUUCUCUCCUGCAAUGAAGAAACGAAUGUUUAUUGCCGGUGCUCUAAUUUGCAUCCAGGGACUCAUUGGUUGGUGGAUGGUGAAGUCAGGAUUGGAUCCGAAGAACAAUUCUAACAAAGAAAUACCUCGGGUUUCAGAAUAUCGUUUAGCCACCCAUCUGACAUUAGCUUUUGUUUUAUACACCAUUUUUGUGUGGAGUGGUCUUUCACAUAUUUUUACACCCUAUGAUCAUACAAAUAUUAGCAAAAUUGGUCGGUUACGCGGCAUGACACAUCUUUCGAAAACGAUGAUAAUUUUGACUGCAGUAAUGGGCGCUUUUGUUGCUGGCUUAGAUGCUGGAUUAGUUUACAAUUCAUGGCCGAAAUAUGCAGGAAGUUGGCUUCCAGAAGAUUUAUGGCUUAAAGAUCCGAAGUGGCGAAACGUUUUUGAAAACCCAGCAACUGCCCAAUUCAUGCAUCGAAAUAUGGCUUACUUAACAUUGCUUUCGGUAACGCUCACAUGGCUUGUUGGACGUCGUAUGCUUCUUAGUCGGCGUGCCAAAAUUGCAUUGCAUUCGUUGAUGGGCGUGAUAUACGUGCAAGCCCUUCUAGGAAUAGCUGCUUUGGUGUACUAUGUUCCGGUCCAUUUGGCUGCCUUGCAUCAAAAUGUAUCGAUGGCUGCAAUAACAUCUGCUUUCUGGCUUUCAAAUGAAAUCCGCCGUGUUCCAAAGUAA